AUGUUGAAGCUGUUGAUAAAAUGCACCAUCGUUGCGGUGUUCGUACUACAAUCGAUCCAUUGUGAGGCAGAUCCACAGCUUAACCUUCCACCUUUGGCACCGCCGGGAAUUGAAGGGCGUCGGCCAGUGACGUUCCCCAAUGGGGAUGGAUCUCCAACGCGAGUCCCCCUGGGAGUCGAUGGUGUAGUCAGUGGGGAUGGCAGUAGUGUGUAUGAUCGCAGCAGAAGCGAACGUUUCGGCCCACCUUACGAUGGUGACGAUGAGGAGGACGACGAACGUCCGAACUAUCCGGCACAACCGCAAGGUCGUGCGAAUAAUGACUACGAUAGAAGAGCCGGAGCGGACUCGCCUUAUUCUUAUAAUGAUCGCGACAGGUACGGUGGUGGUCGCCAAUUUGAUCCAUCGCGCAAUUCAAAUCGGGAAAGAUAUCCGGGUGAUCGUAGCCCUAAUCCUUCCGUUUCCGAUGUAGACAAUCCAUUGCUGUACCGGGACGGAGAUGAUCGAAAUCGCAACAGAUACGUUUCCGAUGUAGAAAAUCCACUACUCUACCGCGAUCGUACACCGUACAGUCCGAACCGGGAUGAUGAAAACGAUCGUAAUCGGUACAAUCCCAACGCAAGACCGUACAAUCCCAAUGAUCCUGGAUUCGGUGGUCGUAAUCCCGAUCCCAAUUAUCGUGAGCCAAGUUUUCGUGAUCCUAACUACCGUGAUCAAGGUUUUCGAGAUCCAGCUCAACGUUUCCCGAACGAUGAUCCAGCCUAUCGUGAUCGUAACCGGUUCUCGGAUGAUCCUAACUACACUUAUCGCAGCCCGGAAGAAGAACGGUUCCGCAUCGAGAACGAACGUCGGUUUCGGGCAGAAACGGAAAAGUUACGCUCGUUCCUGGCCGAGAUCGAUCGGAAAAGCUCGCUGGAGUGUUCGCUGAACGUUGCGGCACAGUGGAACUUUGAGACAAACGUCAACGAUGCAACACAGGUCGAAGCGCUUGCAGCUCAACAAAGGUACAACGACUUCCAGCGCCUGCUGUGGGAUCAAAUGCGUCGUAUCGACCAGACGAAAAUAUUCGAUGACAAGCUGUACCGUCAGGUGCGGCUAAUGUCAAUCAUCGGUCCUAGUGCACUGCCACCAGAUCAGCUCGACAGGUACAAUAGAAUCGUAAAUGAUAUGCUGGCCAUCUUUAACGGUGCCGCCAUCUGUGCGUACGAGCAACCGUUCGAGUGUGGACUACGACUGCAACCUCACCUAAAGGAUAUAAUGGCGAAGAGCCGGGAUUGGAACGAGCUGCAGUAUACUUGGCUCGAGUGGCGUCGUAAAUCUGGUCGAAAUAUGAGAGAUCUAUUCGAACAGCUGGUUGAUCUUACGAAUGAUGCAGGGCGUGUUAAUAACUUUACGGACGCUGCUGCCUAUUGGACGUUCCCGUACGAGUCUCGCAAUUUCCGCGAGGAAAUGGAACAGGUAUGGCGUGAGAUACUGCCACUCUACGAGAUGAUUCACGCGUACGUGCGUCGGAAGUUACGCGAAUUCUACGGUCCGGAUAAGAUCAACAAAAAUGCCCCAAUCCCGGACCACAUACUCGGUGACAUGUACGGACAGAGUUGGCAGAAUAUUCUGGACAUUGUCAUACCGUACCCUGGACGUAGCUUUCUCGAAGUCACCCCGGAAAUGCAGAAGCAAGGCUACAAUCCGCUGGUAAUGUUCCAGAUUGCGGAGGAAUUUUUCGUAUCGAUGAACAUGUCCGCCAUGCCGCCAGACUUCUGGGCCUCUUCGAUACUGACACAACCGCCAAAUCGACCAAUUCUCUGUCAACCAUCUUCUUGGGAUUUCUGCACCGGGAAAGAUUACCGCGUCAAGAUGUGUACGCAGGUGACGCACAAGGAUUUCAUUACCGUGCAUCACGAACUGGCGCACAUACAGUACUUCCUGAACUAUCGUAACAAUCCGAAAGUGUUCCGAGAUGGAGCUAAUCCGGGUUUCCAUGAAGCGAUCGGUGAUGCAAUCUCACUUUCCGUCGCUUCACCCAAGCAUCUGCAAAAUCUGGGCCUUGUCCAGAAGUCCGUCGAUGAUACGGCGCACGACAUUAAUUUCCUGUUUUCACUGGCGAUGGAAAAGGUAGUGUUUCUACCAUUUGCCCUCGCCCUUGAGGCCUGGCGGUAUGACGUCUUCAGCAAGCGUAUCCGUAAGGAGCAGUACAACUGCCACUGGUGGUUGCUACGGGAGGAAUAUGGUGGUGUGAAACCACCGGUGCUAAGGUCCGAACUUGACUUUGACCCUGGUGCAAAGUACCACGUGGCAGCAAACAUCCCUUACAUCAAAUAUUUCUUCUCCAAUGUGCUGCAGUUCCAAAUCUACCGUGCCCUGUGCACCGCCUCGGGUCAGUACGUUCCGCAGGAUCCCACCAAACCGUUGCAUAAGUGUGACAUCUAUCGCCAACCGGCGGCCGGUAACAUUCUCAAAAAGCUGAUGGAACGUGGUGCUUCACAACCAUGGCAGCAGGUCCUGCAGGAGGUGAUCGGCGAAGGCCGGCUGGACGGUUCGGCAUUGCGUGAGUUUUUCCGACCCCUCGAGGAAUGGCUGAGGAAUGAAAACCUGCGCAACAACGAGUACGUCGGUUGGAUCUACGACGGUGAUUACUGCAAGCACAGCAUCGAGACGGCCAAUCUGCAAGUGUUCGGCGGGUUCUACAAUGUUGCGGUCAAGCUGCAGCUAACCAGCUGGCUGGUGCUUACGAUUUCCUGCCUCAUCGGUGCGCUGGUUCACCAUCAUCAGCUAAGAUAG